GUACGACAUCGCUAUGAAGAAUGGAUGGCUAACACGAUUCAUCAAUUGAUGCUGGCUGGACGUCUACGAAAGCCAUCGUACGCUACUCUUGCACAAUGGGUAAUGGAUUCGUGGGACGAGGUUGACCCUCGCUUAAUCGUAAAUUCAUUCAAAUGUUGUGGUGUUUCGGUCAAGAUGGAUGGGACGGAAGACGAUUUGGUCUUCGACUAUGAAUCGUUGAGUGAGAAUCUGGCGGACGAAAACAAUGAGAAUUCCAAAGUAGUGGGUCUUGAUAUUAAUAGUGAAGAAUACGAAGAAGUUGAUGGCAUUAAUAAU